AUGGAGCUACCUGCACUCUACGCGACCGUGCGUCAAGCCCAUCGUGGUUGGGCAUUUAAAGAAGAGGGCUACGUGAAGAACGUUAUGCUCAGUUUGAGCACUAGUGACCCACAAGUGGGUCUUGUUCGGGCGCCUUGCUUGCCAUCGAUGAAGUCCGGUGCCUACAUUGCGACGGCGUGGUAUCGCAAAGCAAGUGGGGACAUCGCUGGAGCGCACUGCACAUGUGUAGCCGGGCUCAGUCAAUCCUGUCAGCAUGUUGCUGGAGUGCUGCUGAGCGUAACGGACAAGACGGCCAAGGAACAAGAGUCCUGUAUCGAUGUGCCAUUAAAAAAACAGGCCCCAAGGUUGCCACUUCAGGACAUCCCCUUUCAGAGGCAUGUUGUGAGCAAGCCUGCCUACGUUAAGAAGCAGCGCAAGUAUGACCCCUGCCCCUAUGUGCGACCGUCUCAAGACGAGAUUUCGAAACUCAAGGCAAACCUUUCUGCAAUGUUGCUCUACCCAAGCAAUAGAGCCAUGAGCGAAGCCAUGGUUUAUGGAAGGAUGCAUGAGCAAGAUGCUGUUGAAGCAUAUUCCAUACUUAUACGCAGUCGAGAUGUGCAACUGGAGGUGACCGAAACUGGGUUGCACAUUCACAAGCACUACCCAUUUUUGGCUGCCUCUCCAUAUCGGAUUGUUGUCCUGGAUGGCGAGCAAGGAUUGCUCGAGGUAAAAUGCCUAUUUUCGAAAAAGGGUAUGACUGCAGAAGAUGCAUCCAAGGACAGCAAAUUUUGCUGCAUGCUGAAGGAUGGGCAAGUCUACCUAAAAAAAGACCACGCCUACUACUACCAAGUUCAAGGGCAAAUGGCUACAACAGGGCACAAGUGGUGCGAUUUUGUCAUAUGGACAGAGGCACAAAACCGAGGUGAAAUGCAUCACAUCCAUGUAGAGAGAAUUUUUUUCGAUCGGCCAUUCUGGGAAAAUCAUAUGCUCCCAGCAAUAUUGCACUUCAUGCUAAAAGCUUUCAUCCCAGAGGUGCUCACUAGACGUGUAAAGCGACUGGGCAAGCUAUAUACAACUGGACAGUAUGUCUCCUACAAGAAAAUUAAGGACGGUUUUUAUGUCUGUUCGCUGAAAGACAGCUUGGUGCUUAAUAUAAAGAAGCUCAAAUAACUGCAAGAACUACGGUACAGUUGCAAGUGCGCCCAAUUGAGGCUCGCGCGUUCACUUCUCUUCAACAAAUGGCUCCAAUGUCACUUAUCAUGGCGGUGUUUCCAUAACUUUCAGUGAAACUGUACUCCUGCAGGACGGCUGACCCCAACCUUCUGGCGCUGCCACUCAAGCGUAUCAGCACCACCAAAGGGAGAAGAAUGGCUCAUCAUGUAUCGACGUGCCACCAAGGGGAACAGGUGGGACCCAACCAUAAUUCUAGUCAAUGUCAUUUUCUAUCUGGACGGAGCAUUCCAAACACAUGAAGAGGAACUCACUAGCUGGGAGCAUUUCCCGGCGCACCCCAGCAGACUCCCUGGGACUACUUCAACGCAACAGGAUCCUUAAUUCAGUCCGUGGUUUGCUAGGAAGUUGGUAACUUAAGGCGCUCACCCUUCACUGUCAUCUAAAGAAAGUUCUUGCACCUGCCAUCACUCGGGUCGUACGCAUUGCCGACAGCAGAACGACUGGCGUAGUACGAAUGUGUACUGCCCGCAUAAGCA